AUGUGCAGGGCGGAGGGCGGAGGGCAUGGAGGCAUGGGGACGCAUGUGAGGCAUGGGGACGCAUGUGAGGCAUGGGGACGCAUGGACUGGCGGGCAUUGCUGGCAUGGAGGAAAGGAGAGAGUUUGCCAUCCCCAUCCCCAUCCCCAUCCCCAUCCCCAUCCCCAUCCCCAUCCCCAUCCCCAUCCCCAUCCCCAUCCCCAUCCCCUGUGAAGUGGAGUCAGAGAGCCGCGAGGGAUGAGGGAAUGGGAAUGUGA